AUGGGCUUCGAUCCCAGCGGACUCGGAUCACAAUCUGCGCAACCAAAGUAUACCUUCUUUCCCCCAACCACUGUCGAUGCGUUCUCUCAGCAUCAAUGGAGACAGGAACAGCCUGCAAAUUUCGGUUCGCUUUCAGAUAUUACCCCUGAGAAUCUUGCCCAAAAUGUUGCUCCUGUUCUACCCCAGCAGCAACAGCAGCCAGGCAAUAUUCAGCUAGAUAAAGGCAAGGCUCGUGCUGAACCUGAACAGCCUAUCCAGGUCACGGAGUCUGAGUACGAGGAAUGGGAAUACCCCGUAUCAGAUGAUGAGUCCAUGGCAGAGUCGGAUGAUAUGCCAUUUAGUGCGCGACACUCGUCUCUCGACUUCAACAACCUCGGGGUAGUCGCUUUUCAGAGACUUGAUCAGCCGUACGACACAUUCGGAACCCAGACGAGAACCUUCUCAGCCUUUGCUCCUGACCUUGCGACGUAUGAACCGUCACCAUCCAACUCUCCCUUAAACGACAAACAAAUAGCGGGAGUAUUCUGGCAUUUUGUGAACGUAACUGGACCUAGCAUAUCCAUGUAUGAAAGGUAUCCUAUUGAUCCGUCGCCCAUCUUUCAAGGCCAACCCAUACCGAAGUCUCGUCAGCAUAUCUGGACCUAUACCUUCCCAAUUUUGUCUUUUACCCAUCCAGCUCUCCUCCACGCCGUGCUCGCAAUUGCUAGCUUGCAGAUUGCAAAACUUCAGGCUCUGCCGCCAACUGCAUCUCUCAAACACUAUCACCUAGCUUUGAGGAGAAUUGCGCGGAACGUGGGUCGGCCGAAUAGGCGGUGUCAACCAGCAAACCUGGCGGCAACAUUAGUAUUGGCAUUCUAUGAAGUGUGGAACUCGGAUCAUGACAAAUGGAGCAGACAUCUGCUAGGAGCACGUUUAAUCAUCAAAGAAAUACCAUUCGCAGAAAUGACUCGCGCUAUGAUGAGAAUUAAGUGCCGGCAGAGAAUACAGGAAAUGCAACAACCUCCGAUAGACGCGUUUGGAAUGUUCACUACAUAUGAGGAGACUACUCCCUUGCAUAAAGACUGGGAUCAUCUGGACGUCCAAUUGCUGAGUGAGAUAACCGGCAAGGAUGUCUCGUUUGAUGAGCUGGGAAUGAUUCCUGAAGAAUAUAGUGCAUAUCCCAGGUCGAGAUAUCAGCAUACAGAUAAGGACAUGGAAACAUACCAACAAUUAAGUGAUCUCUUCUGGUGGUACUGCAAACAAGAUGUUUACCAGAGCGUACUGGGUGGAACAAGACUAUUCCUCGAGUAUGAUGCAUGGACUCAAUGCCCACCAAGGGCCCCAAUAGGAAGGCUUGAUGCUAUAUAUGGCACGUACGACCAUCUUAUGCUAUUGCUUGGCCGCUUAGCAAACUUUACAUCCAAGGAUCUAAGCCGAAAACGGAAAACCUUUAAGAUGGCCGGUCCCGGUCCCGGCCCCGGGCGCGGGGGAUCACCGGGAAUGUUCCCGGGCAUGGUGCCUCGUAACCCCGGAAGUAUUACGGUCCCGAUGGGAUUCACCCCACCGAGGGAAACAUCGCCACCGAACGAUGGACUCCCCGAGAAUAUCGACCUUGACGCUAGUACCGCCGAGGCAUAUCGCGAGUGGGAGGGAAUCAAACGGGCCUUCGAAAUACUCAGGAGCCAUUUCGGUCCCGAGUUCGAGGCUCUCGGCACCGACGUUUACCCCGCCAGGGCAACACCAUUUGGCCUCGCUGCACACUACAGGACUUACUCCAUCGCAGGCGUCUGGAUGAACUACUACAUGGGCCUGAUUAUACUCCACAGAGCUCAUCCCACAAUGCCGCCUGUGGCCAUGAUGGCUGCGGGUAUUUCCGCACGGACGACUGCCUCGUACUGCAUGGAAGUGGGCCGGAUUGCUGCCGGUCUAGAAGAGAAUAUCGCGCAUCUCGCCAACGUGAGUACGCUCAUGGCGGCCGCGCUGAUAGAGUGCUGUUUCCCCUUAUUCGUCGCAGGUAUCCAGUACCAUGACGAUUUCCAGCGGCAAUGGCUAAUCCAACGACUACACGACAUCGCGCGAUUGACGGGAUGGCAGUCGGCGCGGCAAAUCGCAGUAGGAUGCGAGUCGUCGUGGACCAAGGCGGCGCAACUAGGCCGCGGCCCGCCGUACGCGCGCUCCGUCAACCUCAACAUCGACCCUCCGGGUUCCGUAUGGGUCAACGCCCGCCGCAUCGACAAGCGCAUCCAGGAGAUCGACGGAGACGAGACCAAGAUCGUGCUGGCCAAGGGCGAGAAGGCUUCCUACGCGAUGGGUUUGCUGGCUGUCGAGCAUGACCUCGAGAAGCUGGACCUGGAGGCUAGUGAACGGGAUCGGCGGUAA